AUGGGUUCUCUUACCAAAGUAGACCAAGGAAAACAGCAACCUCAUGCAGUGCUCUUCCCAUACCCAUCUCAAGGCCACAUAAGUCCCAUGCUAAAGCUUGCAAAACUCUUUCACCACAAAGGCUUUCACAUAACGUUUGUCAAUACAGAAUACAACCAUAGACGUCUCCUCAGAUCCCGAGGUCCCAACUCUUUGGAUGGCUUGCCUGACUUUCAUUUUAGAGCCAUUCCCGACGGCCUCCCACCGUCCGACGGCAACUCCACCCAACAUGUUCCUUCACUCUGCUAUUCCGCUUCCCGCAAUUGUUUGGCUCCACUCUGUAGUCUCAUUUCGGAGAUCAACUCGAGUGGCACUGUUCCACCAGUUUCCUGUAUUAUUGGCGAUGGGGUCAUGACUUGUUAG